AAAGGCACCGACCUUUCCCCUUCUAUACUCGAAAAAAGUCAAUUGCAAAAUAGAGACAGAAAAUCGGCCAUGGAUGCUUCGGGUAGCUUGAAGUGCGUGAUUGUAGCAGUGGAUGGAAGCGAAGCGAGCAUGGAAGCUCUGAGAUGGGCUCUCGACAAUCUCAAGCUCUCUCCGUCUUCGCCCGAUUCCUCCUUCGUCGUCCUCCAUGUCCAGUCUCCGCCGUCCAUCGCCGCCGGUUUGAAUCCCGGCACCAUACCUUUCGGUGGACCCAGUGGUCUCGAGGUUCCUGCUUUCGCCGCUGCGAUUGAGGCUCACCAGAAGCGGAUCACUGAUGCGAUCCUGAAACACGCUCUUCAAAUCUGUUCUGACAAAUCCGUGAAUGUGAAAACCAUAGUGAUUGUCGGGGAUCCCAAGGAGAAGAUCUGCGAAGCUGUGGAGAAUCUGCAUGCUGAUUUACUCGUCAUGGGUUGUCGGGCCAUUGGACCUAUUAAAAGGAUGUUUCUGGGAAGUGUAAGCAACUACUGCACCAACCACGCUCGAUGUCCCGUCAUCAUCGCUAAAUCCAAAGACGAUGCUUCUUCAGCGUAAACAGCCCAAGCUUGGUUGUAAAAAGCGCGAGGCCCACUGAGGCGGUAAAAGAUCCUAAAAUCCGAGGCGAGAGGCGCACCUAUUGCAAAUAAAAGAUAUAUAAUUGUUUGUAUAACAAAACAAGUAGGGUAUCCGUUUUUAAAAAAUUGAGUUACCAGGAUUUGGAUUUGGAUUCAUGAAUUCGGAUUCGAACGAAAAUGAAUACUCUAAAAUCGGGUAUCGACGGAUAUAAUUUUGCCAGCCAUAGUGAGAAAAUGUUAUCUUCUAACACCA